UGGUCAUCCGCAGCGCGUGGGCACCGCUGAUGUAUUGAAAAGCCGUGCGGGUCUCCCCUUUGGAUUCAGAGCAGCUUGAGAAGCGUGCGGAGCAGGAGCCCCACCACACUGAAAACAAAACAAAAAACUAAAGUGAGCAAAGAAGCCACACGUGAACGGCACGAGCAGGACGCGCGAGCCCAACCCAACCCGAAAACUUUGAAACUUUUCCUGCAACUUUGGUUUGCGCAACUUUUUUUUUCUUCUUCAUCACUUUCUUCCCGCAAUGGACAUCACGGCCAAGAUGGAGAUCAGCAUCAGCAGCCAGCAGCAGUUCGUCCCGUCUGCGUGCUUCUUCUCCAGCGCGGCACAGAGCGUGCAGCUCAGCCCGACCAGCAGCCAGAGCAGCGGCAAGUCCGCCGCGUCCAAUCAGAAGCAGCGGCAGCGGUCCUCUUCGCCUGAGCUUCUCCGCUGCAAGCGCAGACUCAACUUCGCGGGCUUCGGAUACAGCCUGCCCGCGACGACGCCGCACGCGGUGGCGCGUCGGAACGAGCGCGAGCGCAACCGCGUGAAGCUGGUCAACAACGGCUUCGCCACCCUGCGCGAGCACGUACCGAACGGCGCGGCCAACAAGAAGAUGAGCAAGGUGGAGACGCUGCGGUCCGCGGUGGAGUACAUCCGUGCGCUACAACAGCUCCUGGACGAGCACGACGCGGUGAGCGCGGCGUUCCAGUCGGGCGUGCUUUCGCCCGCCAUGUCGCAGAACUACUCCAACGACAUGAACUCCAUGGCGGGGUCACCGGUGUCGUCGUACUCCUCGGAUGAGGGCUCCUACGACGCGCUCAGCCCAGAGGAGCAGGAGCUUCUGGAUUUCACCAGCUGGUUCUGAGCCUGAACGACGUCUAUGAAAUAUGGAUCAAGAUGUUAGACAUUUUGGAAUCCAGCGCUUGGGAUGGCCAGCGGAAGAGGGGUGGACGUUCCCCGGAACGGAGACGCACUUGUAGCGGGGGAUUUUGGUGGGCUUCUGGUCCGGCAUAACCCUCACCAAACCCCGCGGAGACCUCCAGUGAAGACCCCGGCCUCGCAGCCUGCAACCCCCCCCGGCCGGCUCAGAUAUCGGGCCGCAGAGAAGCGCCAAAGGAUGCGGGAGAACUUUCUCCGCCGGAGCGUGUGUGCGUGUGCGUGUGCGUGUGCGUGUGUGUGUGUGUGUGUGUGCGUGUGCGUGUGCGUGUUUGGAGGACGGGGGGGAGGGAGGGAAUCCAAGCUCCGAGCCCCCCUGAAAAAAAGACAACGUAUUGUCAUCGAGUGAAUUCUUGUUCAACAGCAGCACGCAAAACAAAAACAUUUAUUUAAAACGUCGCUCUUUCAACUAUGCUAAACCCAAUCCAAGAGUACCAACUUGUUUCCUAAACUUCUGGGAGGUUUAUCGGUGAUAACAUGCUUCCAAAUCGCGGAUUUAUUCUACACAAAUUCUAUAUCGAACGUUUUUUUCUAAGUAUAUUAAACUAUUUUUCUAUGUAAAGAGAUUUAUAGAUGUUUUGUAAACACUGUUUUGUACAUAUGUGUCUAUAUAUUGCUAUGCGGCUUAAAUACCUCUUUGCCUAUUUUUAUUUUAGACAAUAGUCACAUAGUCACACUUUUCCUCUGUCUCUGGCUAUUCUUUUUGAUGAAGUCUCGAAGAGGUGGGGUUUAUAACCCCGGUCUAACUCUAGCACCAAUGUGUCUUAUUCAAUACAUAUAUCGAAAAUACAUGCUAUUGUGUAUCAUGUCACGGAGUUCACAAUGAUCAAGUUAUGCAGCUAUUGUCCAAAAAGAACGUCUAAUGGCGACAUGCCUGUUGCCUACGUCUGUCUCUGUGCACCAUUGCCUGAAGCUUUGUCGUAUUCAUCACAUAUAGGCCUGAACGUGUGUUGAGAAAAAGUUUCCAAUAACCAUAUUUUCUACACUCUAGUCCGAGAAUAAAACAAUUUCUUAAAAAAAAAAACAUGUGA